CCGGUCACUUCCUUCAUAACCUCAUUUGUGAGAAAACUGCUAUUCAUGAAAGACAGAUGCUUCACAACAUUUUCUCACCAUGAAGAGGAAAACCUUUUUGUGCGAUGAAUCAAUGGUUAUUACUAUUCCCAUUGGAAAUCUCAGAAACGCCAGAGAUGGAGAGCUUAUGCCGCAGAAGUUCUACUGUGUUUUCAAAGAUUCCUACAAGGUCUUUGCCCGAAAUGGAAAACCUAAAUCUCUUGGAGCAGCUCAGGUCAUCACAGGAAUUUUUCUUCUGACUUUGGGUUUCAUUUUCAACACAAAAAUGAUGAGCUUCACCAUACCAAGUAUUGUGUUUGUAAUUUGUGGCAUGCUCACAUACGCUGCAGGACAGUUUCCAAACAUGCUGGUGACAAAGCUGUCAUUCUUUCUAAACAUUGUGAGCUUCCUCUGGUCCAUUGUGGCUUGUUCUUUGCACUUCAUUUGGUUUAUACCUUAUCCCCCUGACACAUCUGAGUUGCAAAGAGGAGUGUAUGGUCUGAUCAUCGGUCUUCUCUUUAUGGAAGAUAUAAUAGCCAUUUUCCUGAUGUACUGGUUGAGCAAAGCCGUGUGCCGGGACAACUUCAACAGUCUGCCAACAAUUCUGCUCAAGCAAGGAGACUAAAGAAAAAGACAAAAAAGUAUUUCCAUUGUUUUGUAAAUUGAAUCCAACUCUAGAGGGCUACACUUAAAAUGUCAUGAUAAAAAUUUUAUCAUGAAAAUCUGCAAGUUAAUUUGGUACACGUAUGAGACGACUGACAGUAUCCAAUUUCUUUUUCUAUCACUUUUCUAUAAUUUUUUGUACAAAAUUAAAUA